AUGUAUAGAUUGAUAUCGAAUUUAGUACCACAUGUUGUUAGUCUUCCUCUCAUCUAUUUUAUUUGCAGAGUUGGUUACCAAAACCCUCGUUUUUUUCCUUCUUUUUUGUCCCAUUUUUUUCUUGUUCUUCUCGUCCCAUUCGUUUUUUUGUUCCUCGUCCCAUUGGCGUUUUCUUGUUCUCUCUCGUCCCCAUUGGCGUUUUUCUUGUUCUCUCUCGUCCCAUUGGCGUUUUCUUGUUCUCUCUCGUCCCCAUUGGCGUUUUCUUGUUCUCUCUCUCGUCCCCAUUGGCGUUUUCUUGUUCUCUCUCGUCCCAUUGGCGUUUUCUUGUUCUCUCUCGUCCCAUUGGCGUUUUCUUGUUCUCUCUCGUCCCAUUGGCGUUUUCUUGUUCUCUCUCGUCCCAUUGGCGUUUUCUUGUUCUCUCUCGUCCCAUUAGGCGUUUUUUGUUCUCUCUCGUCCCAUUGGCGUUUUCUUGUUCUCUCUCGUCCCAUUGGCGUUUUCUUGUUCUCUCUCGUCCCAUUGGUAUCUUAA